AUGGAGUCUCGUGCUGGCAAGAAACUUUGGUUUGAACUUAUGAAUGGCUUGGCAAAAGAUAUCAGUGGACAGAUUCUGCCACUGAACGAGCUGGGACUAUCAACCCCACCAUAUGCUUCGGGCGUCUCCGAAUUCUAUCGACAAACCAUCAAGUUGUCCCCGUCAAAUGCUGUCUUUGACAUCCAUGACUACUAUCGUGUCAGCAUCGCACCCGACGCCACGGUGCAGGGGGGCGUGAUAUGUAAUGGUACUGCAGAUCUCGCAAGAAGCUACCUAAUUAAUGGUGUCACCGUCAAUGCCAUCUUUGCGCAAUAA